AUGACUUCUAACGCUGCUGAAUCGUUGAAUAAUGCUCUUCUGCCCGCUCGUGAUAGUCCUAUAAUGGCAUUGUUCGAGUUUAUUCACCGGAAGCUGUGUACAUGGUAUGUGAGCAGACGCACCGAGAUCAGUAAGAUGAAGGGAAAUGUUCCAGAUAAUAUUCAAAAGAUACUGGUUGAACAGCUGGUGCUGUCAACGGGCCUUCUAGUUAUGCCAUGUUCGACUUGGUUAUUCGAAGUUACGCACAUGCCAACUAAUUUUGGUUUCACGGUUGAUCUGGAUAAACGAACUUGCACUUGCCUCGAAUUCCAAAAGCUUGGUUUGCCUUGCCGACAUGCCAUUGCUGCUGCUUCUUGCCGUAAUAUGCAGUACACCAUGUUUGUUUGCAAACACCAUCUCAAAGAGACAUGGGCUGAAACAGUUAGGGGUAUCAUACUUCCGGUUCCGGAUCCAAAGGAUGUUGAAGUGCUAGCCGAAAUACUAAUGGUUGAUCUUUAUCCACCAACGACCAAACGAACGAAAGGAAGACCAGGAAUCAAACGUAAACUGUCCGCAGGAGAGAUACCGGUAAGACUUUGGUGUUGA